AUGGAACAAUACGAUUGUUUAAAUAAAGCUCAAUUGAGCUUUGAAUAUUUGCAUACAAAUUCAACAACACAUACAUUUCUUUUUGGAGCAUUAGCUGAAUUAGUUGAUAAUUCACGUGACGCUGGUGCAAGAAAUCUUGAUAUUUAUACAUGUAAAGAUCCAUCUUUACGUGGAGGUUUUUAUUUGGCUUUUUUGGAUGAUGGUUGUGGAAUGCAUUAUGACGAUGUAUUCAAUGUAAUCGUCUUUGGUAAAUCAGCUAAACGUCAUGCACCAGAUUCCAAUCAAAUUGGUCAAUAUGGGAAUGGUUUAAAAUCAGGUGCUAUGCGUAUUGCAAAUGAUUUUAUAUUAUUUACAAAAAAAGAUAAUAUUGGUACAUGUUUAUUUCUUUCACGUUCAUUUCAUCAAGAAGAACAUAUUUCACAAGUCAUAUGUCCAAUGCCAUGUUUUGAUUUACGUACACAACAACCAAUUCAAAAUACAGAUUAUCAACAAUUAAAUGGUACACGUACAUAUACCUUUGAUAAAGCGAAACAUGAACUUGAAAUGCGUUUAAUAAAAAAAUAUUCACCAUUUAAAACAAUAGAUGAUUUAUUUAAACAAUUUAAUUUAAUAACAUCAUCAAGCGGAACAUUAAUUGUUUUAUAUAAUGUUAAAUUAUCUGAUACUGGUGAACCUGAACUUGAUAUUAAAACAGAUCCAUAUGAUAUGUUAAUUGAUUCGAAAAAUCGACGAAAUUUAUUUGAUGAUGAUGAUGAGAACAUUCCUUUUGAAUAUCGUUCACUUCGUGCUUAUGUUUCUAUACUUUAUUAUGAACCACGUAUGCGUAUAGCAAUACAACGACGACGUGUUAUAACAAAAAGAUUACCACAUACAUUAUAUAAACCUCGACAAUAUCAAUUUAAAUCUACACGUUUUAAAACACGUUCAGAACAAGAAAUUAAAAAAUGUGAAAAAGAACUUGAUUCAUUAGAAGAACGUAAACGUGAAGCUGAUUCACAAGUUCAUCAUCUUCAACAGUCCAUUGGUGUAACAACAUCAAUUGAAGAACGUUCACGUUUACGAAAAUUACAAGUUACUGCAGCCGAAUUAAAAGAUAUGACAACACGUUUACGUAAUGGUCUUGCAAGAAAAAAAUCUGAAAUGAAUACAACAAAAACAUUAACUUUUAUUUUUGGUUUAAAUAUUCAAAAUCGAGCAUCUGAUGGAGUUUUUGUUUAUAAUUGUGGUAGACUUAUUAAAAUGUAUGAAAAACUUGGACAACCUAAUAAAAAGACUGUAUAUUGUCGUGGUGUUGUUGGUGUUGUUGAUAUUCCAUCUAUAGUACUUGAACCAACGCAUAAUAAACAAUCAUUUGCUGAUGAAAAAGAAUAUCAUUUUUUAUUGAAAAAUAUGGGUGAAUAUAUGCGACAAUACUGGUCUGAUGCUGGUAUUGAAAAUUAUGUUAAAGAAUUUUGGGAAACUUAUGGUUAUCGAGAUGAUCAACUUGAUCGACCACCAUCAAAUGAUCCUGAAGUUGUUAAACGACGUCAAGCAGCUGUACCAAUGCUUAUACAAUGUGAUAAAUGUUUAAAAUGGCGUCGUUUACCUUAUGCUAGUAAUACUCCAGCAUUAACACAAGCACAGCUUGAAGCAUGGCGAUGUUCAGAUAAUACUGAUGUUAUGAAUAAUACUUGUUCAACAAGUGAAAAACUUGAAAUUAUACCUGAAGGUGAAUUAAAACAAAAACCACAAGCAACAAAUACUCAAAAUCGAACAUCAGGUAAAGUAACUUCACCACCGCCAACAUCAUCAUCAUCAUCAUCAUCAUUAACAACUCGAUCAUCGGGAACAAAUAAACGAAUUUCUAAUGGAGAAAUUUCUUCAACUACAGCUGUUGCUAAUUCAAAAUCAAGAUCAUCACGUUCCAAUGUAGUUCCAAAAACAAUUAUUCCACAAAAACGAUCUUUACCACAAUCACGUUCAUUAUCAGGAAAAUCAAAAGGCAAUAAAAAACGAAAACAACCUAGUUCACAAAAAACAAAAACAAAAAAUCGUAAUGUUAAAAGUGAUAACGAAGAAGUAGAAGCGGAAGAAGAAGAAGAAGAAGAAGAGAAAGAAGAUGAAAAAGAAGAAGAAGAAGAAGACGACGAAGACAAAGAAGAAGAUAAAGAAGAAUUAUCAUCACCAAUAAAUCGAAGAACACGUGGUCAAUCAUCAGCAAAACCUUCAAAAACUGUCCAAAAAACACCACCACCAACUCCUACUCGAGUAUGA